CGUCAGUGCCGGCCCGGCCGCGCCGCAAGCAUCACGCUCCGGUGAUCGAACUCUUGCCACUGGACAGUGAACAAUAACAACAUCCCUCCUCCGCCGGCUCACCACGGGUGCACUACAGUAUUUCACUAAACUGAUAGAGACGGGCGGCAGAUGGAUCAGCGGCGCGCGGCGGGCGCGCUGCUCGCGCUAGCCGUGUGCAUCGCGAGCACGGCUGCUGCUCCUACGGCUAGCAACCAGACUGCAUUAGAUUUAUACGAUGGUCCAGUUGAGGGAUGUUACUAUAAUUUCCAGCACUAUGGCGAGGGAGACCGCAUUAUGACCAACGAGCCCUGCCUGAACUGUACUUGCCACAACCGCAUGUUGAUGUGCUACCUGCGGGUAUGCCCGUUCACGAAGCCCAUCGGCCAGGACUGCACUGUUGAGAAGCGGGCGGACCAGUGCUGCCCUAUCGUCACUUGCCCAGAUGUUCCAGUUGAUCUACUAACAUCAACGUCAACAACAUCGCCUGCCGAGUAUGGCGCCACUGGUCUUGGAAAAUUAGACAAAUACGGGUGCAGCAUCAACGGAAAAUACUUCCCCGAGGGCUCGAAAGUACCGCCGACUCCGAACAAACCAUGCGAACACUGCUACUGCAUUCGAAAUAUGACGACCUGUGUUAUGCAAGAGUGUACUCUUCAUGUGGAUGGAUGUACUCCUAUCUACCACAAAGACGUCUGCUGUCCUGUCCGCUACUCUUGUGAUCAUCCAGAGGAUUCAACGCUGCUUUUGGAUGACAUGACCACGACUGUACGACCCACACCUGGUUUCCUAUUGACUACCACCACUUUGUCACCAGUGACCCAAAUGUCCCAGGAUUGCGUUCACGAUGAUCAAAUCUUCCCUGAUGGUGCUUUAAUCAAAACUGAAAAGGCAUGUGAACAUUGUUAUUGUAUGAAGGGAGACAUUGUUUGUGUGGUGCAAGAAUGUGGAACGCCCAUGGAAAAUGAAGGCAAAAACUGCACCUCACAACCACCAAGAGAAGGACAAUGUUGUCCAGAUACUUAUAUUUGUGAAGGAGAUGAAGUCACCACAGAGCCACCUUCUGAAUUCACAACGCAAUCAUAUUUGGAAGAACUCACCACCUUAUCUCCUCCCAGAAGAGUUGGAGUUGAAGGCAGUGGCUACAGACAUGAACCUGGUGAACCUGCUUUCACUGAACCUCCUAUGAUAACAGAACCUGAAGGAAGUGGUUAUGAAGAACCAACGGAGUCAUCUAUCAUUGAUGAUACUUACAAAUUAACGCCAGAAACGCCUGAUAUCAGUAGUGAACCUACAGACGAAUCUUCUUAUCCCAGCAAGACCACACUUAGAACACCUACAUUAGAAGAAGUUGAAAAGACUACAGAACCCGAUAAGGGUCUCAACACUGUUCCAAGUGACGCAAGUGAUGAAGAAAUGUUUAAACCUUCGAUUACGGAAAAAACUCCAUCGGAAGAACCAGAGGUUACCGAAACAACAAGUGAUGAAAAAACGGAUGAAAGUAAAGAAAAAACACCCUCGCCCGAAGACGCCUCUACGCCAGUGGUGACAAUUAAGUCUGAAGAAAGUUCAAGCACCACAGAAUCAGCUUUCAGGAAGGAGGAUUCUUUGGGAGAACCUACCGAAAUCUAUGAUCUAAAUGAACCUGAAAAGGUGUCUACGCAGUCACCAGAGGUCGAGAAGGAAACUGAAGAAGAUGUUACAAGCUCGAAAACUAAGGCACCAUUUAUGGAAGAACUUGAAAAACAAACAACAUUGACACCAGAAUUUACACAGAAGGACAUUGAAGAAGAAAUUCCACCACAGAAAUCUACUACCGAAUCAGCAUUAGAAAUAACAACGUCUGAAGAUAGCAAGUCAACUGAAAAAAUAACUACAGACUCUGUUGAGCUUGCUCAUACUGGAACGACUGCAGCAACUAUAGAAAAAGUAGACGUGUCUGAAACUACAAGCGCGGAAGAAAAUGAAGUUGAAGAUAUUUCAACAACUCUUCCGCCUGGCCGUAUUCCAGGAGAAGGCGAUUGCUUACUCAAUGAUAUAACUUAUAGAAAUAAUAGCAAUGUACCAAGUUCAAAUAACUGCCAUACAGGCUGCAGAUGUGUUAGUAGUAUAAUAAAAUGUGAUCCAAUUAUUUGCAGUCCCCCUCCAGAGUAUAUGAAUAAUUGCCAACCUACCUAUGAUUCGCCUGAUGCAUGCUGUCCAACAUACGUUUGCGAAACUGGAGAAACCAUACCUCCUCAACCACACAGUCAAAUGGCUGGAACAGAUAGCCCACUGCCAUCUUCACCGAUCGAAUGCCACGGUGAUGAAUGUGAAGUGAAAAAAGAACAUGACAUUCCUGUUGAGGGUGAUUGUGGAUCAGCUGGAUGUGGUGAUGGACAUGUCGCAGUGCCGGAAACCCCAUCAGAAGAUUGCCAUGAUGGUAAAUGUUCAUUCCCAGCUCAACCAUGUACUGAUGGCAACUGUCAAGAAACGCCGACAACUCAAUGCGAAAAUGGCAAAUGCGGUAUUGAACCCGAAAUUAUACCUGUUAAACAUACACCACUUUGUGGCGAAAAUGAAUCGGAUUGUAAACUACCCGUACCUGAGACAGUACCGUGUGAAGGUGAGGAAUGUAUUAGUGUUCAUACUGGAUGCAGUGGUACAGAUUGUGGCACAGAUGAUCUCAAUAAACCUAUUAUUCCGGAACAAGAAGGUGGAAGCUGUGAAGGAGAUUGUAAGACACCACAAGGUGAAAUAACUGAACCUUGUACGGAAACAUCGUGCAGAAGAAAAGAAACCGGGGAAGUGGAGGGUUCUGUACCUUCGGACUGUUCAGACUCUGAAUGUCUCCAAAAGGUGCCAUCCAGUGAUGAUGAUAAGAAUAUACCAGUAACAGAAGAUAUGGGUAUUAAAUCUACAGAACAGCUUGAAAUAACUACCGCAAGACAUGAAAUUGAAACAGAAUUACCUGAAAAAGAAACUAAAUCACCUGAAGGUGUGAGUGACCACGAACCAACUGAAAAAAUAGAACCUACAUUAGAAGAGGGUAGCACAAUUAGUCCAUUAUCUCAAGCAACAGAAGCACCAGCAUCUCCGGAAGACAAAAUUGGUGGAACCGAACCGGCUCUUGAUGUUGACCAUACUACAGCGCCUAAAUUUGAUAAAGAUGAUAAAGUUACGAAAUCACCAGAGAUAGAAGAGGAAGUAUCCACCUCAGAGCCCGAAGUCGCAGCAACUGUUGAAACUAAGUACGGUGACACUGACGCUGUUACGAAGAGACCUGAAGAAGUAGAAAUGGACUCGCAUGUUACCAAAUCGGAAGACGUUACACCUAAAUCUGAUUUGGAAACUGAAACUAGUGAAUCUACUGAAAAACCACAGUAUAUCGAUAUAACCAUUAAGCCACAGGACUCUUCCACAAGUAUUCCUGAAACAGAAGAAACAAAGACAGAAUCAGAAGAACACCAUGAAGUCAUGUCUACUAGAGUACCUGAACAAAAACAAACUGAAAGCUCAAUGCCACAUGAGCAUGACAAGGUUACCGAAGAGCCUGUGCCAUAUACAUCAGAAUCAGAUAUGAAACAUGAGGUUACGGAACCACAUGUUACAGAAUCAAAUGAAAUCUUCGACAAGGCAACUGAAAUUUCGGAACCAGUAGAAUUAGAUGAACACAAAAUGACUGCAGAAUACGAGCAAGAAGUAACCACAGAGGGCAAAUUAGCGUCUAGUUCGUUGGAGCCUGAUACCUAUACCUCUCAUACGGUUUCGGAGAAAGAAAUUGAACAAGAACCAUUUACAAACGCGCCUACAGAGCAUCAUCUUGGUGAAAGUGUCACAGAGUCCGUUCCUGAAAAGACGUCAGAGCCAUUUGAAGAUGUAACAAGACUAAUUCCAGAUAUGGUUAAAACAGAAAAACAAGAGCCAUUCACAGAAACUCCUGGAGAAUACAUUACACAAUCACAUGAAUUAAGUCCCGAACCCGCUUUGCCUGGCCAAGAACCUGAGUAUUCUACCGACGAACCGAUGGUACAGCCUAGCGAACCUGUUUCAGAAGAUGAUACCAAGUUACAUGCCACUUCAGAAUCACCAAUAACUGACACUAAAGAAAAGGAUACUACCCAGGCAUCUGAUGAAGAUAUUAAAGGAGAAACCACAACAAGAGCUUCAAUGUUGGGUGAAAAGACGACUGCUUCAGAACCAGAAGAAGUUGACGAUAAGCAUAAAGAACAACCUAUUGAGAGUCCUGAUACUAAUGAGAUAACACAAGACACAACACAGAAACCAGCUGUCACUAGCUCUGACGAAGAAGAUCAACAUGCGGAAGAACCUAAAGUAACAGAAUUAGAUGAAACUGUUACUGAAACUCCAGUUACAUUAGUAAGCGAACAGCCAUCAAGUAGUCCGGAAGAAACGCAUAAGACAGAGAAACCUGAACUAGGAAUAACUGAACCACAAGAAAUUAGCACGGAAGAACCUUCGAUACUUCCAGGGGAAGAAUCUCAAGUAACAGAUAAAAUACCAUCCGAGCCAUUUAUCCCAGUUCACCCAGAAACACCUGAAUCGUCUACGACACAAUCUGACAUCAUAAAUGAAAUCCCGCACGUCGACGUUGAUAUCCAAACACCAUCGCCAUAUGAAGAUGUAGAAAUUGAAACCAAGACCCCCGACCGAACAGGUUUCGAAGAUACAACCGAAGUGGAAGAUCUGGAGACAAAGGCUCCAGAAGCAAUUACAACUAAAACGCCUACGGUAUAUGAGGAACCAGGAAAGACCUCAGCUCCGGAAGAUAUUGUAACAGAACAACAAGAAAAAGAAUCAGUUACUACAGAAAAGACAAAGGAACAACCAUCUGAACACGAACAAGAACAAACCUCUGAAAUGCAGGAAACUACAGUUCCUUCAAUAGUCCAAAAAGAGAGUUCAGAAGAACCAACCGAACCUCUUGUUACGGAAAGUGACGUACCAUAUGUCACCAGAGCUCCAGAAUCACACGUGAAAGAACCAGAGGAAGCAGAACCACAUGUGAAAGUACCAGAAGAACCAGUUACUGAAACUGCUGAAGCAUUAACAACAAUGGGUAUUAGCGAACCACACGAAAAACUGUCACCAGAUCAAACUGGAACAGAAGGGUCCGAAGAAAUACCUUCAAGAACUCCCGAGCACAAACCCGAUGAAGACCAUCACGUUAAAAAACCUGAAGAGAAGCCUGAAAUACCUCAAGAAACUUCCACACGAACACCUGAAGAAAUAUCUACGGUGUUAUUAGAGGCUGUUACUGAACCUACACAUGAGGUCAUUCCUGUGGAGCCACAAGAACCAGUCUUUGAGCCAAAGGAUAAGGAAGAAGAAACCAAGGCUACAGAAAAACCAAGUGACGAAAAACCAUCAUAUUCACCCGAAGGUUCUACGGGAUUAGAUACAGCGGUAACUGAGCCAUCACAUAAAACUGAAGAAGACCUAGUUUCUGAACAAGAAAAAGCAACAACUGAAGAAUCGUCCGAACAAGCUCUAGAAUCAUCUACUAAAGUACCACAAGAUAUGACUUCAUCGUUAUCAGAUUCGGAUCUGCCAGAAAAAUACACUGUUUCGGUAUCACAAGAAACCACACCAAGUUCAUUACCAGGUUCCGUAACUGGUGAAGCAGAAAGCGAUAAACCUUCAGAAAAACCACAAGAAGCUGAUGAGGCAGGAAUGGAACUGACCACACGUAAAUCACCAGAAGCGAUGGUCACGGAGCCUUCGUCAGAACAGGCGACGGAAGGAUAUGAAUCGGAGAUGGCUACGGAAGAACCAAUGCUACAUGGAACGCAAGAAGCUGAAUCAGUUGAUCAACAUACUAUUCCUGAUGUAGUUGAAUUAGAAGAACAUAGCCACAAACCAGUUGAAGAAGUCUCUACUGAGGCCACUACUGAAGAAGAUUAUAGUACCGGUCCAUCUGAUGACAAGGAACCAAAACCGGUAGCAACUACAGAAAGACAAGCAGCAGUUACUGAAGCUGAAGAAGAAAAAUUAUCAACGUCCCGACCAUCAUUUGACGAAGAAAGUGAACAGACUGUUGCUCCAAUUACUAGUGGUACUAAAGACACUCAAGAAGAACAGCAACCGAUAUCCGAUAUUGAAAUUCCAGUACAGACUGAAAAAGUUCCGACUGAAACAGUUACAGAAUCUGAGUUGUCACAUGAAACAGCAAUGCUUGAAGAAGUUAGCACUGUAACAGGUAAAGUACCAAGUAUAGAAGAGGAGGAAAUUUCAACUUCAAAACCAGAAUUAGAAUCUGGCAAACCAGAGGAUAAACCAACUGAUGAAAAGCCCGAAGAUGAGCUAGCACCGAAACCACAGGAAGAAACAACUGAACAAUCUGUUGAAAAAUCUACUGAGAAGGCUCAAGAAGAAAUAACUGAGAAACCCAUAGAAGACGUGGAACAGAAGCCAUUAGAAGGAGGGGUAACACCUUCAGAAAAACCUGUAGGCUUACCCGAAGAAGCGCAAGAAGGAAAGCCUUCAGAAGAAGGCGAAGAAAAGCCAACAGAAAUGCCAUUAGAAGAACCUGUAGCAAUGACUGGAAAGCCUGUAGAAGAAGCAGAAGAAACGCCUACAGAGAUACCAGAUAAGAAACUUUUGGAAGAAGCUGAGGGACAACCUAUGGAGGGAACCGAGAAACCUUUGGAUGAAUCUGAAGAAAAGUACACAGAAAAACCAGAAUUCACUGAACCUAAAAAACCCCUACCAACACCACAAAUUCCGGAAGACCAAACUAAAGAGAAGCCUGAAGAAAUUCCAGAAGAAAAACCAACCGAAUUGCCAGAGAAGAAACCUGAGGAUGAAACCGAAAAGAAGCCUGAGGAUGAGACCGAGAUGAAACCUGAGGGUGAACCCGAGAAGAAGCCUGAGGAUGAGGUUGAGAAGAAGCCUGAGGAUGAGGUUGAGAAGAAGCCUGAGGAUGAGACCGAGAUGAAACCUGAGGAUGAGGUUGAAAAGAAGCCUGAGGAUGAGGUUGAGAAGAAGCCUGACGAUGAAUCUGAGAAGAAACCUGAGGAAGAGACCGAGAUGAAACCUGAGGACGAGGUUAAGAUGAAACCUGAAGACGCAGAGAAAAAACCUGAGGAUGAGGUCGAAAAGAAACCUGAGGAGGAGGCUGAAAAGAAACCUGAGGAUGAACCCGAGAAGAAACCGGAGGAUGAGGCCGAGAAGAAACCUGAGGAAGAGGCCGAGAAGAAACCUGAGGAUGAAGCAGAGAAGAAACCUGAGGAUGAGGCAGAGAAGAAACCUGAGGAUGAGGCAGAGAAGAAACCUGAGGAAGAGGCAGAGAAGAAACCUGAGGAAGAGGCCGAGAAGAAACCUGAGGAUGAAGCAGAGAAGAAACCUGAGGAAGAGGCAGAGAAGAAACCUGAGGAUGAUGCUGAAAAGAAACCUGAGGAUGAGGCUGAGAAGAAACCUGAGGAUGAGGCAGAGAAGAAACCUGAGGAUGAGGCAGAGAAGAAACCUGAGGAUGAGGCUGAGAAGAAACCUGAGGAUGAGGCUGAGAAGAAACCUGAGGAUGAGGCAGAGAAGAAACUUGAGGAAGAGGCAGAGAAGAAACCUGAGGACGAGGCAGAGAAGAAACCUGAGGAUGAGGCUGCAAUGAAACCUGAAGGCGAACCUGAGAAGAAACCUGAGGAUGAGGCUGAGAUGAAACCUGAGGAUGAGGUUGAGAAGAAACCUGAGGAUGAAUCUGAGAAGAAACCUGAGGAAGAGGCCGAGAAGAAGCCUGAGGAAGAGGCAGAGAAGAAACCUGAGGAUGAGGCUGCAAUGAAACCUGAAGGCGAACCUGAGAAGAAACCUGAGGAUGAGGCUGAGAAAAAACCUGAGGAAGAAGCCGAGAAGAAACCUGACGAAGAGGCAGAAAAGAAACCUGAAGAUGAAGCUGAGAUGAAACCUGAGGACGAGGUCGAAAAGAAACCUGAGGAUGAUAUCGAAAAGAAACCUGAGGAUGAAAUCGAAAAGAAACCUGAGGAUGAAAUCGAAAAGAAACCUGAGGACGAGAUCAAAAAGAAACCUGAGGAUGUGGCUGAGAUGAAACCUGAGGACGAGGUUGAGAAAAAACCUGAGGAUGAGGCGGAAAAGAAACCUGAGGAUGAGACCGAGAAAAAACCUGAGGACGAGGUCGAAAAGAAACCUGUGGUUGAAAUCGAAAAGAAACCUGAGGAUGAAGUCGAAAAGAAACCUGAGGAUGAAAUGGAAAAGAAACCUGAGGAUGAAGUCGAAAAGAAACCUGAGGAUGAGGUCGAAAAGAAACCUGAGGAGGAGGCUGAGAAGAAACCUGAGGAUGAGGCUGAGAUGAAACCUGAAGGUGAACCCGAGAAGAAACCUGAGGAUGAGGUUGAGAAGAAACCUGAGGAUGAUACCGAGAAGAAACCUGAGGAUGAUACCGAAAAGAAACCUGAGGGCGAACCUGAGAAGAAACCUGAGGAUGAAGCUGAGAUGAAACCUGAGGAUGAGGUUGAGAAGAAACCUGAGGAUGAAUCUGAGAAGAAACCUGAGGAAGAGGCCGAGAAGAAGCCUGAGGAAGAGGCAGAGAAGAAACCUGAGGAUGAGGCUGCAAUGAAACCUGAGGGCGAAGCUGAGAAGAAACCUGAGGAUGAGGCUGAGAUGAAACCUGAGGAUGAGGUUGAGAAGAAGCCUGAGGAUGAAUCUGAGAAGAAACCUGAGGAAGAGGCCGAGAAGAAACCUGAGGAAGAGGCUGAGAUGAAACCUGAGGAUGAGGUUGAGAAGAAGCCUGAGGAUGAAUCUGAGAAGAAACCUGAGGAAGAGGCCGAGAAGAAACCCGAGGAAGAGGCUGAGAUGAAACCUGAGGAUGAGGUGGAAAAGAAACCUGAGGAUGAGAUUAAGAUGAAACCUGAAGACGCAGAGAAGAAACCUGAGAAAGAGGCCGAGCAGAAACCUGAGGAAGAGGCCGAGAAGAAACCGCAAGAAGUACCCGAAAUGAAACCACAAGAAGUACCAGAAGAGAAACCUCAUGACAUGCCAGAAGAGAAACCCACAGAACCUGCAUCGACAGCCUCUCCUGAAAUAUCGAAACCUGGAUUCGGUGACAUGCAUCCCACAGAUGAGGUUCCAGACGACGAAAGUCCAUUCCCGCCCAGCGCAGGAACCAGCGGAUAUGGCACUGAGCCCGACUACGUGGAAGAAGACCAAGCUUUCGGACCCGGCACGUGUCGCUACGGCGGAAAAGUAUACGUCUCAGCCCAGCAAAUACCUAGAGAUGAUCCUUGCGAUUUCUGCUUCUGCUUCAGAAGCGACAUCAUUUGCUUACAACAGAGCUGCCCACCUCCAAUUCACGGUUGCCACGAAGAACCAAUACAAGGAUUCUGUUGUCCGCGAUACGAAUGUCCUGUGGCUAUGGCUACUACUCUUAAUGUUACGACGACCACGACGACAACUACCACGACAUUGCCGCCACACUUCCUUCCCCACGCGUACAAAGGAGCAGCACAAAGAAGAGGCUGCCAAAUAAAGGGGCAUACAUACAAAGUGGGCGAAGUUGUUCGCGCUUCAUCUGGACCAUGUUUACAUUGCACAUGCGGAGGAGACGGUCAAAUGAAAUGCGACCCCAAGGCGUGCACCCCCGAGCCGAUGCUGCGGCAGAUGAUCGCCGCCGCCGUCUCAGCCAAGCGGCGGAGGUGAAAUACCUCGCAGAGCUCGUCACUUUAACUGAACACGUGAUCACAAGGAUAGCGCCUAUGUGAUAAUUAUUUCCAUCUACUCUUCUAUGCACAAGAAUAAUGCUCAAAUUAUCCCGAUGGAGUAGUAUAAGAUUUCGUGUCAUAUGUAGUAAUCGAUAUUAUAUUUUACUUUUCAUAAAGUGUCGUGGCACCGUUCAAUUAAUGAAUCAAUCAUGACUGUGAUUAAAAUGUUAAAUUAUAAAUAAUAAUUUUCUAAAACUGAAUUUAUUACAAUUUUGAGUCUUUGUUAAGACUUAUUUAUUAAUAUUAUUAUUAUUUAUGUUUUUCUUAACAAAAGUCAGUGCCAAACGAUAGUGCUAAGUUGUAAACGACUAUGGCUUUAUGAUAAAGAUGUUCAAAACUUUGUUAUAUUAUGUCAUUCAAAAAAAUUUUGUAUUGACCAAAGCGAAGCUGUAAAAUCUCACUAUAAUAUUUACAUAAUUGCACAAAUCAAGCUUCGUAGGUCAUUAGAUCGCCGAAAUCUUGACCAUUUUACAUAAUGUAAACUUAAUUGUUUUACCGAUAAUAAGUUUAGUCAAUAUCUUUGUUUUUACACGAUGUUACAGUUAGUGGUUUAGUAUCGUGUAAAUAUGAAGUAAAUCUUAAGAUUCCCUGAUGUUGUAAAUGCCUUACUUAAUUUGUAAUAAUUUAUAUAUUUUAGGUGUAUAGUACUUAAGCCAUGUUUUGAGACCAGUGACUAUUAUAAUUUAGAAAUAAAACGAGUACGCCGGCCGCGGUCCGAAAAGCGCCGGUCGACGCGGCCGCCUUGGCCCGCGCUUUUCCUGCUUCUUCGUCUUAGUGAAAACGACGGCACCUUGUUUUCCUUAAUUCGUCGAAUGCGUUUUAUAGCACUUAGUGAGUGCUGGUCAAUAUUUUUAAUCGUUUUGUAAAGACCAUUUACAAUAUGAUAAAAAUAAUUAAAACAUAUUGUAGGAUCUUUUGUAACUUUUGAUAUUAAAGUGCUGGUAGACUUAAACACGUCGAAAGAUUCAGAUCGAGGUUGGUACGAAAGCUCAACAGGCUUUUGCGGUCGUGAAUAAAUAUUGAAGCACAAAUUAAAGCGGCUGCAUUAAUUUGUACCAACCUUUGCCUGUGAAUACUGGUUGUAGUUAUAUUUCUUUUUAUUUAUUUAAAGUUGUAGCAAUAGUUAUAAAAUUAUUGGUUUUUAAAUUGUGAUGUCGAUUCACUCAAAAAACAGUUUCCGUAAGACAUAUAAUUACGUAUGUCAUCUUACAACAUGAAUUUAUUUAAUAAUAUUUUACCGAGACAAGUGGGUCUAGACAAAGUGCAAAUUAUAAUCGCAAACCAGUCGAAAAGUGGUCGAAAAGCCCCUUUUUUGUAUGGAGUUUUGACGGAUUCGAUUUUCGAUUCGAUCAAAAAGUGCGUUUUGUCUAGGGGGGAAGAUAUUGUCUAGCUGUCUGUGCAAAUGAGUUUUAAAUAAAAUAUUCCAAAUGAACUGUGUAA